AGUGUUUUAUCCUAACAGACACAUUGUAAUAAUACAGUUGUGCUCAUUAGCUAAGCUUUAUCGUGGCGCAUGCACACCAACCAAGUCUCGGUAGCCCGUCUGCAAAACUGAUCGUAAGCUGAAACUAAGACCGCGCUACGGCCCAUGGUCCGGAGAUCCUCGCUGUACGCUUUCGUAGCUAUGAUGCUCACCCGCAGGUUGCUUUUACAUCCAAAUCCUUGCAUUUCUUUCUUUUUACAGUUCUUCGGCCCAUCGUGUAGCUCGACCCAACACUCUCUCCCUCCCGGCGAGCUUUGCAAUCUUGGUUUGAGAUCUAGAACCAGCCCAAGUUUCAGCCACAAUGGUCAACAUCACAGCCCUACUCUCCUCGCUCAUAACAGCGAACCACAUCCUCUCUUACCACAACGUCCUCGAUCCCUUUGGCCACGUCAGCGUUCGUAAUCCAAACACCAAUACAACAUUCUUCAUCGCGCUGCAAAUCGGUCCAGCAACAGUGUCCAGCCCCGCCGACAUAGGCGAAUACCUCAUCUCAGAUGGCACACCCGUCAACGGCACAGUCGGCGGCUACGCAGAACGCUACAUCCAUAGCGAGAUUUUGAAACGUUAUCCGGAUGUCAACGCCGUUGUGCACAGUCACUCCGAGGAUGUCCUUCCAUACACUGUUAUCGAUACAUCAUUCGAGCCAGUGUACCAUAUGGCCGGCUUUCUUGGUGAGAGCGUGCCGAACUUCGACAUUGAAACGGUGUACGAAGAGGGGGACCCGAGAGAUAUGUUGGUAAACAGUCCGCGGCUAGGCGCCGCUUUAGCAGAGAACUUCGGCGUUAAUGAAACAAGGCCUACAUCUCCUUUGCAUACAACGGUCCUGCAGCGGGGACAUGGCUUCGUUACAACAGGGGAAAGCGUGGAACAGGUUACUGAUUUUGCGUAUUAUGCAGCGAGUAAUGCUAGGGUGCAGACGAAAGCAUUGUUGUUGGCGAAUGUGGGGAGAGGUGGUAGUGGGGAUGAAGGGGUCAAGUAUUUGAGUGGCCAGGAGAGGAAGGCGACGAAUGAGAUGAACCGGUGGAUUGUGUUCAAGCCUUGGGCGCAGUGGGUGAGGGAGGUAGAAAGGAGUGGGAUGUUUGUGAAUGAGCUGGGGACGCCGCCUGUGCCGGAUCGGUAGGUGGGAGAUAAUGAGCUUGGUGACGGGCGGGUUAUAUGUUUUCCUUUGAGUUGGAAAUAGCGGUGUGCAGUUUUCACUUCCACCUAUAUUGAUGUCUUUCAUGUUUCUGUCGGAACAGUAGAGCAACGUUCCCUCUAGAUGGCCUUCAGGCUAACUCAUGAGCAUAGAGAAAUUGUUCUCCUCGCCCUCUUUGCCGCUGCUUGAGAUGGAUAGGUGUGGUAACAGGGUGACUGGGAUAUGAGCUGUCUCUAAGAUCUGGAAAAUUAUUGUUCUCGCUUCCAGAUAUCGAGUGUCAUUCCUUCGUCCCUACAUAGUCGUUACCGUUUACAAAUCAUAAAGCUGAUGCGGCCAGACCUCACUUGUAGCCGGAAACUACCACAUAUUCGUGCAAGCAUUGCAAAUCUUCGGCCAGUAGUCAGCAGCUUCUACCUGGCUAUUUGACGAAGUCAGUAUAAGAGCAG